UCACGGAACAAGCGACCGAUAACAAACCCUUUUAAAACCGAAUAACGAUUUUCCUAAAGUCAUUUGAAUGUUGCAUUCUCUUUGAUAAAAAUGUCCUUACAAGAAAAACCCCGAAAGAGGGUGAGCGUAGUCGUAAAUGACGCGGAAACAUCCCCAAGAAAUACCACAAAACCCGUUAACCCUUCGACAGGUCCCAGAUUCGGUUGUAGACAUGGGCAAGCCAUUCUAUUAUGCUUGGCAUUCUUAUUUGGCAUUGGAUGUAGGAACAACAUUUCCGUAGCUCUUGUAGCUAUGACAGACAACACCACCAGUCUAAAUCCAAAUAUACCAUACUACGAUUGGAACAACACCAACGUAGUAAUCUCGGCCUUCUAUUGGGGCUACAUCUUCUGUCAAGUUCCAGCUGGAUACCUUGGAAAAACCUAUGGGCCCAAAUACUUCUUAUUGGGCAGUUUUCUUCUUAACUCCUUUGGGUGCGCCCUAAUCCCUUUGAUGGCCGAAAAGUUCGGUUCUACCGGGGUGAUUUGUUGCCGAGUACUACAGGGUAUCUGCCAAGGGUUCCUGUAUCCGUCCAUACAGGUUAUGUUGGGCACGUGGGCCCCCAGCGAGGAGCGAUCCACCCUUAAUAAUUUUAUUUAUGCUGGUACCACCCUUGGUUCGAUCUAUGGGUCCUUAGUGACCGGAUACGUGUCGUCCAGUUGGCUUGGUUGGCCCUACUCGUUUUACAUUCUGGCCCUUUUCUCUUUCUUGUGGUCCAUUUUGUGGUUGUUUCUGGGUUACGACAGUCCCGCGGUGCAUCCCCGUAUAACCGACGAGGAGAAGGUUUACAUCCAGAAAUCUCUGAAACAAGAGGAUGAUGUAGAUCUGCCCAUUCCAUGGCGAAAGAUUUUCGCUUGUGUGCCAUUUUACGCGGCGGCUUUCGGUAUGGUGGGAAACACUUAUGGGGCCUCCAUAUUGUCAGCCGAGGCGCCCACUUAUUUAUCCAAAAUGAUGAGUUUCAACAUUAAAUCGAACGCUUUAAUUAUGACGCUUCCCUCGUGUCUCGGAUUGACUUGUUCUUUCUUUACCGGCCCAUUGAGCGAUUGGCUGAUAAGAAGACAAUAUUUGACCAGGUUGUGGGCCAGAAGGAUUUUUCACUUAAUUGGUUCCUUCGGAUACGCAUCCUGUCUACUGGGGCUGGCAUUUUUAACAAAAUCAGCGGCCAUACUGUCAAUAGUCGCUCUAGGCAUGACCAGCGUGUUUGCCGCUUUUCUACUUAACGGGGCCAACAUCAACCAAUUGGACCUCUCGCCCCGUUUUUGCGGCAUAAUUUUCGCCAUUUUAAACGCCGUCAGUCAAUGUACCGCGAUUAUCGCUCCGCUGAUCGCCCAAUGGGUGAUCACCGACAAGACCGACGCGACUCAAUGGCGCAUCGUGUUUGGUAGCGGAGCGGCGAGUUUUAUGGCGGGAGGUGUUGUGUUCACUUUGUUUUCCUCGGCAACCCGGCAACCCUGGGACGGACCCACAGAUAAAGAAUUAGAGCAGAGGCGAAAGAAGAUUUCCGUUAUUAGUUUGACGAUAACCUGAAGGCAACAACUGGCAUUGUUAUGCAAAAAAAUGCGUAAACAGAAUAGGAUUCUCGUUGAGCAUCUUAAUUGUUGCCACACUUCGAAUUUUCGCUGCUGCUGCUCUGGCAUCACCGUAAAUCCUUUCAGAUCCAUCGUAUUAAAGUGGAUUUUAACUUAGUAGUACUCUGUGAUAUGGUAUAAUAAAUAAAUGGUUUUAUAAA